AGUCCAUGGGGUUGCAGAGUCAGACACAACUUUGAAACUGAGCACACAGGUACCUCUGAUAUCAGCAUCCCACCUACAUUGCCACAUCCUGUUCCACACUCAGGUAACUCAUAUCAAUUAGGGUAUUUUUGUUAUUGUUAUAUUUUAUUAUUUUUUUAUUGUUGUAUUUUAAAAGUAUCAUGUUAUACACAUUUUCCAUCUCCCGAUUUUCUUACUCAUCAAUACAUCAUGGAAAUGACUCCUAAUUGUCUGGUAUAUUCUUAUAAUUGCAUUAUUGGGUUUUUUUCCUCAACAUCUUAUGACAGAUUUCAAACAUAAUGAAAAGUUAAAAUAAUUUGACAUUUAACAACUAUAUACGCUUGUUACUGAACACAGAUUGGUGUGCCCCACGCAUAUAUGACGCCAAACAGACCAAACUUUCGUAGCAGAGAAAGGGUUAUUACAGGGCCAAGCAAAAGAAAACAGGUGAUUUAGGCAGCUCCCUGAGGGUUUUCUGGGAGAAGUUGUUACAGGCAAAAUUUGGAAUGAGGGCUGCAGGGUGUGUGACUUUCUUCUGGUUGGCUGGUGGUGAGGUCACGGGGUGGUGCUCCGGGAAUAUUAUGCUCUGCCUGAAGCUACUGUCAUCCACCUGGGUGGUGGCCUUAGUUCCUAGCUUGCAAAGCUAUUGUUAUGUGUAUUCCUUGAGGAGGAAAUAGGACCCUGCCCCGAGGCUGCACUAUUGUUUCUAGACUGGGAACCCCCCACAUCCCCCUACACCCCCCUUCCCCACCUUGUUUCUGCAUUUCCCUCUGUUCCCUGAUUAGCAACUGUUUGAAUCUGCCCCUUGGAACUCUGGGAAGGUCAAGGAGGCUGAAAGAAGUCUAUUUCUACAAAGAAGCAGCACAGGCUUUUGUGCCCUGGAGGGCACCUCACCUGGAUUUCUUUUUUUGUUGUUUUUAAUUGCACUGAAUUUUAAUUGAAAACAUUAAAACAGCCUGACUACUUAUAAUGAAUUACAAAACUUUGAUAGUUAAAUUGUACAGUCAUUUAUGAAGCUUUUAUCCUUCAUUAUUUUGUAGACCUGAAGGAAACUUUGCAUGCUUCUGUUUUCAGUUCUCCAUUUCAGAGGAAGUUUGUGAAGACAAGGUCCAAACUAUUUAUAAAUUAAAACCCAACAGAGAAAUGAAACAGAGGGAGAACAAAAUCUAUACACGGCUGAGCAUAGGUGUUUUUUAGCUCAUGUUUUGUAUAGGAAAAGUCUUGCCUCCAGCAAAUCCAUCCUCCAUUCCUGAUGCCUGGGUGAUCUGAAAUGCAAAUAUGAUCUUGCCACUCCCCUGCUUAAAACCCACCAACAUGGGGUGGUUGUGUAACCACAGUGUAGCCUCUGGUGCAGGCUGGAAACGCCCUCCCCAGCUUGCCGCCCCUGGCCCUCACUCCCCAGUCUCCUCUGCUCCCGGCAGCUUUGGGACCCCUGCCCCUGGCUUCUCCUCCAUGCUGUAUGGAAUGAAGAUUGCCAAUCUGGCCUACGUCACCAAGACCCGAGUCAGGUUCUUCGGGCUCGACCGCUGGGCCGACGUGUGGUUCCCAGAAAAGAGGAGAAUGAAGCCGGGGUUGGAAAUGAGCAAACACCACAGGUCACUGCUAGCCACUAUCUUUCAUGACAGGGCUGAGUAUAUGCAUGGGAAACAUGGGGUGAAUGUGGAAGUCCAGGGGCCCCACGAAGCCCGAGAUGGACAACUCCUUAUCCGCCUGGAUUUGAACCGCAAGGAGGUGCUGACCCUCAGGCUUCGGAAUGGAGGAACCCAGCCUGUCACCCUCACCCACCUCUUCCCGUUCUGCCGGACCCCCCAGUUUUCCUUCUGCAAUGGAGACCGGGAGCUGCCCUGCCUCCUGGGCCCAGGUGAAUGCUAUGAGCUCCAUGUUCAUUGUAAGACCAGCUUUGUGGGCUACUUCCCAGCCACAGUGCUCUGGGAGCUGCUGGGCCCUGGAGAGCCGGGCUCAGAAGGAGCUGGCACUUUCUACAUCGCCCGCUUCUUAGCCGCCGUGGCCCACAGUCCCCUAGCGGCACAGCUGAAACCCACGACUCCCUUCAAGCGGCGCCAGGUCACUAGAAACCCUGUGGUGACCAGCCGAAUAGAGGAAGGAGAGAGACCCGACCGUGCUAAGAACUAUGACCUGGAGUUCAGUUUGCCACUGGGAACAUACUACCCGCCCCCCCGCCUCAGACAGCUGCUCCCCCUUCUCCUUCAGGGAACAAGUAUUUUCACUGCCCCGAAGGAGGUUGCUGAGAUCAAGGCCCAGCUGCAGACAGCCCUGAAGUGGAGGAACUACGAGGUGAAGCUCCGGCUGCUGCUGCACCUGGAGGAGCUACAGAUGGAGCACGACAUCCGGCACUAUGACCUGGAGUCGGUGCCCAUGACCUGGGACCCCAUAGACCGGAACCCCCGUCUGCUCACGUUGGAGGUUCCUGGGGUGGCUGAGAGCCGCCCCUCCGUGCUGCGGGGUGACCACCUAUUUGCUGUUUUGUCCUCCGAGACACAUCACGAGGACCCUGUCACCUACAAGGGCUUUGUGCACAAGGUGGAAUUGGACCGGGUCAAGCUGAGUUUUUCCACCAACCUCCUGAGCCGCUUUGUGGAUGGGCUGACUUUCAAGGUGAACUUCACUUUCAACCGCCAGCCCCUGCGGGUGCAGCACCGUGCCCUGGAGCUGACGGGGCGCUGGCCACUUGAGCCCGUGCUCUUCCCGGUGGCCUCACGUGGAGUCCUGCUGCUGCCCUCAGAUGUGAAGCUCAAGCUGUACGACCGGAGUCUGGAGUCAAACCCAGAGCAGUUUCAGGCCAUGAAGCACAUCGUUAUGGGCACCACCCGCCCCGCCCCCUACAUCAUCUUUGGGCCUCCGGGCACGGGCAAGACUGUCACCCUAGUGGAAGCCAUCAAGCAGGUGGUGAAGCACUUGCCCAAAGCCCACAUCCUGGCCUGCGCUCCGUCCAACUCAGGGGCCGAUCUCCUCUGUCAGCGCCUCCGGGUCCACCUGCCCAGCUCCAUCUACCGCCUCCUGGCGCCCAGCAGGGAUAUCCACCUGGUCCCUGAGGACAUCAAGCCCUGUUGUAACUGGGAUGCAAAGAAGGGAGAUUUUGUAUUUCCUUCAAAGAAGAAGCUGCAGGAAUAUCGCGUCUUAAUUACCACGCUCAUCACUGCCAGCAGGUUGGUCUCGGCCCAGUUUCCCAUCGAUCACUUCACACACAUCUUCAUCGACGAGGCUGGCCAUGCCAUGGAGCCAGAGAGCCUGGUGGCCAUAGCAGGGCUGAUGGAAGUCAAGGAAGCAGACAACCCAGGAGGGCAGCUGGUGCUGGCAGGAGACCCCCGGCAGCUGGGGCCUGUGCUGCGUUGCCCGCUGACCCAGAAGCAUGGGCUGGGGUACUCACUGCUGGAGCGGCUGCUCACCUUCAACGCCCUGUACAAGAAGGGCCCAGAUGGCUAUAACCCCCAGUUCAUAACCAAGCUGCUGCGCAACUACAGGUCUCACCCCACCAUCCUGGAUGUUCCUAACCGGCUGUAUUAUGAUGGGGAGCUGCAGGCCUGUGCAGAUGUCGUUGACCGAGAGCGCUUCUGCCGCUGGGAGGGUCUGCCUCGACAGGACUUUCCCAUCAUCUUUCACGGUGUAAUGGGCAAGGAUGAGCGUGAGGGCAACAGCCCGUCCUUCUUCAACCCAGAAGAGGCUGCCACAGUGACUUCCUACCUGAAACAGCUCCUGGCCCCCUCCUCCAAGAAGGGCAAAGCCCGUCUGAGCCCCCGAAGUGUGGGCGUCAUCUCCCCAUACCGGAAGCAGGUGGAAAAAAUCCGUUAUUGCAUCACCAAACUUGACAAGGAGCUUCGGGGACUAGACGACAUCAAGGACUUGAAGGUGGGUUCUGUAGAAGAGUUUCAAGGCCAGGAACGCAGCGUCAUCCUCAUCUCCACCGUGCGGAGCAGCCAGAGCUUCGUGCAGCUGGAUCUGGACUUUAACCUGGGUUUCCUCAAGAACCCCAAGAGGUUCAAUGUGGCAGUGACCCGGGCCAAGGCUUUGCUCAUCGUGGUGGGCAACCCGCUCCUGCUGGGCCACGACCCGGACUGGAAAGUAUUCCUGGAGUUCUGUAAGGAAAAUGGGGGGUAUACCGGGUGCCCCUUCCCUGCCAAACUGGACCUGCAGCAGGGGCAGAACUUACUCCAAGAUCUGAGCAAACUCAGCCCCUCUACCUCAGGACCCAAAAGUCACGACUACCUCCCCCAGGAGCGGGAGGGUGAAGGGGGCCUGUCCCUGCAAGUGGAGCCAGAAUGGAGGAAUGAGCUCUGAAGACCGCCCACCUGACCCCAUCCCCUGCUGCUCACAACAGGCUGCUAACAAGUGGGGGAAGGGGGAGGAAGUACCACUGAAAAAAAAAUGUUAUUCUUUGCCAAAGUC